CCUUUAGUUCCUGCUUUCAUUCAAAGGACGUACCACCAGCAGGCAGCGACACAUGACCCUGCACCUGCCCCUCUGAAACAGCUCAACGAACGGUCACAGACAUCUGAAGAGUCGCUCAGACCGGGCGGAGGACGAAGGACACGAUGAGUUUCUGUUGCUUCAUAUUUAUGCUGCUGCUUCCACUGAGGGCGAGCAGCGCCGUGACAGCCAGCCAGAAUCCUAACGUCACUGAUGUGAUGAUCCACAUCCAGACAGCAGCACAGAAAUCAUCCAGCUCGGAUCCACCUUCAGGGAUCUCUGGUCUCAACGUCACACAGCCAACCAUGAGGGACAAAAACCUGACACAACCAAGUGCUACACCUUCACUGCAAACUGCACCCACCAAGACUCUUCCACCAAACGCUCCUACUACAGCAACCGAACCCCAAACAUCUCCGCCAAACUCAACGCUCGGCAGAGAGACAGGGACACAAGCAACAACAACGGGGACCAGCCAAACCAGCAACCAGACCAGGACUUCAGGAGUACCAUCAACCCUCAGCAGCUCCACCCGAAGCCAAGACACAGGGAACACAUCAACUUCCCAAACCAGCAGAGAUAACACCAACCAUUCAUCCACCACUGUGGAUCUAAGGUCUACUAACCCUAACCCAACCACACCUACAGAGUCUAAGAGUAUGAGACCAGCUACAGAGUCCACUGGUGCCUUUAAAACUUCAAAGGCAACCACAAAACCACCGUUCAUCCCCCCGACCACUAUCAAGACCAAGAAAGAACAAGAUCCUCCAAAGAAGCCAUCAGGCAACAGUCAGGUAGUGGCCUGGAUCAUCGGUGGAUCCCUGGUUCUGAUGAUGGUCGGGUUCCUGAUAAUCUACUUAAAGAAACGGAAGCUGAAGAAGCAGCAGACCACGACCGCAGACUGGGCCGGGCCUUCGCCUUUUCUAGAAGGAGGCGCUGACAACGGCCAAGUGGAACUCAGGUCAUCCAACCGCAUUUCCCUGUCCAGCUUCCUGCCUCAGAGGUUGUCCAAGAGGCUGUCUUUGCUCCAGGAGACAGAGGAGGAAAUGGAAGACCUGACGCCGGGCUCUACGUUUGGAGGUAAGAACCAAGGCCGCAUGUUCGGGCGAGAGGUGGAGGGGAACGGUGUGAAAGAAAGCAACGGGACGGCUGGAGUCACUGCAGAGAUGAAGAGCUCCGGAGACGCUCCAGAGACGAAGGACUCCAGAGAUGCUCCAGAGACGAAGGACUCCAGAGAUGCUCCAGAGACGAAGGACUCCAGAGAUGCUCCAGAGACGAAGGACUCCAGAGAUGCUCCAGAGACAAAGGGCUCCGGAGACGCUCCAGAGACGAAGGACUCCAGAGAUGCUCCAGUGACGAAGGACUCCAGAGACACUCCAGAGACAAAGGGCUCCGGAGACGCUCAAGAGACCGAGUCCUCUUCACAAAGCAGCGACGCACUGACCACAAACAACAACUCAGAGGAAGCAAAGCUCAUCAAGGACGUCUCUGUGCGUCCAGCCCCUCCAGCAGGAGAUGUGGAAGGUGCUCCAGGACAACAGAGUAAUGGACUCGGGUAACCUUGAAUGAACUUCAUCGACAUCCCUCAGUGCCUCAUCCUUUCUGGUUUCUAACGGCAACAAGUGUGAGUGCAAACACAGGAAGUUGACGAACAGUUUGAGGAAAUCAAAAGAGAAGUGGUAUUUAUCUGCGUUUCUACAGCAACGCAACACAGCACAGAAAUAUCUACUGUAAAUAUCCCUCAGAAGAACAACCUUUCCUCUCAGGACAGAUGAAUCCUCACCGACUGAAGACAACACUUUGUCAUUUUCAGAUCCUCAAAUCUGUGAUGCAUGGAGCGUGAGUCAUACGACUGCUUCUGCUUCAUGCUGUCCUGAAUUAUAAUCAGCCAAUCCUCUCCAAUCUAUGAGGUCUCACUCAGACCAAGCUGUUUCAUGAAACUAAUACCACGUUAGGAAGGGAGACCCACACAGAGGGCUCGCAGGAAUAGAAGCAGAAGGAUGUGACGCUUUAAAAACAAAUAGAGCUUUGCUUUAAGUGGUUUUUGUCUUUGCAGCAGUUUGAGAUUAUUUUGGUGAAACCGUAGCGAACGUAUUUUAUGUCAUGGAGUCGAGAGAGUUUAAAUUAUUUAGUGUGAGGAGGUCAUAAAGGUCAUUCUCUUCCUUCUUGGUGUCCAGAUAAAAUCCAACAUGUUUAAUAUUAACCGGAGCUUUCAAAAGAGAUGAAUGAUGUCAUGAACACAUGUUAACAGCCAAUAGGAGCACUCUCUCCAGUAGCAAACAGGAACUAACAAACUGACUGAUGCCAUAAUUGGACCUCGGACUGUACGGAGUCAGUUACGUCUCCACGAGACUGCAGCUGUUUAUUCUGCGGUGAUGAUGUCCUUUAAAAACGGCGUUGAUGGGGAUUCCUGGACUUUUGGACACAGCCUUGUGUGGACAUUUGAGGAACUGCAGUUUUUUGUGUGGUCUUCAUUUUAAACACAGGAGGUUUCUGCUUGAUUGUCCUCUCUCUUACUGUGAACACACGAUGUUAGCGUGGCUGGCUUCAUUCAAGCAGUAAGAGUUUUAAAUAGUCUACUUCGCUUGUAAUGCUAAUCUAGCUAACGUAUUUUGGCCUCAGUUAGCGCUGAGAGCACCUACAGCUGUCAAUAGAUGAAGCUAAAGCUGCUCCGGCUCUCCUCACAGUUUGUUUUUCUCCUGCAGGAGCAUGACAGGACAUUUCAUGAACAGGGAUCUGGUUUAGUUUGUAAACAGAGAUUCUUCUCUGGAUGUGAGGGGGGUCGGUCUUUGGUCUUUCUAAGUCUUGUGGUGUUCAGAUUGUAUUAAAAACUGCUUUGAGAAAAGUGCUGAGUCAUAUUUGUGUCUCUAACAGAUGAGAGUGUAAAAUCUGUGACUGCAUUAAAGUAAAUAAAGAUCUCGAGCUCAUGUAGAUGAAGCUUCAGUAUCAGAGUCCUCCAUCAGCUCUGUUCACGUGUUUAAUGUUAAUACAGGUUUUCAAAAAGA